GUUCAGUAUUGGUCAGGUUAUGUUCCUAUUGGAACUCUAAUGCAAGAGCAACAUUUAUAGAAUUUGAUCCAGAUGUUUACUGCAAAUAUGCAUUACUUUCUUCUUUAUUUUACUUAUAUGUGAAGCGCAAUUUCGAGAAACGUAUAUUCCGAUAAUAAUAACAGUUUAUUAAAAUAAUUGUUAUUAAAAUACCGAUAAUUAUAGUGGAGCUAUUCACAUUGCACGCACUUUUGGUAUUCUCUAUACCGCUGCCUUCCUAUCAUGGAAGUGAGGUGCAGGCAUUGCUGUAAAUCUCUUUUCAAGGGUGAUUCUAUUUUGUUUAAUGCCCACCACGAGGUAAAGCAGCAAGCAACGGAUGUAGGGUCAGGGUGUCAGACGGACGAAUCUGACUGCUGUUCGUAUAUGACUCCAGAGAAUGUACCAGAUUGGAUUAUGGAUGUCAUUGAUCAAGAAUCUUGGACCAAGGGAAAAUUACAUUGUCCGUAUUGCAACAGUCGCUUAGGAUCUUUCAACUUUGUGAAUGAACUGAAGUGUUGCUGCGACAAAUAUGUAAGGCCUCCCAUAAGGAUAGUUAACUCCAAAGUGGAUAUAUUGUGUGAAAGUUUGAGACAAUAAGCAAAGACAGAAUUUCUGUAUAAUGUACAUUGCCUGUUUUGUCUAUAUAUUAUUGUAUAUAUUUGUAAGAACUACCUCCCCGUAAUAUAAAUAGUACUGUAAAAUUUAUGAAAAUAUAUUUCUACAGAAAUCUUU